GUAAUAAACAAUGGAGGCACCCACCAGAGGCUUUGUUGAAUGGUCAUAUCCUGUACACUGUCAAGUUUCUUGGCGAGUGUAUGGUGGACCAACCAAAGGGGACAGAAAUUGUUAAAGAUGCUAUAAGAAAAAUGAAGUUCAACAAACACAUCAAAAGGGCAGAAGGUCAGAAGCCGCCAAAAGUUGAACUUGUCAUCUCUGCUGAUGCUGUUUCAGUUCUGGAACCAAAGUCAAGGACAGUGAUGCACCAGUAUCCUCUACACAGGAUUUCAUACUGCGCAGAUGAUAAAUCAGACAAGAGGAUGUUUACCUUUGUUGCUAAGGAGGCCACAGGGGACAAACACUUCUGCUAUGUUUUUGACAGCGAGAAAUGUGCUGAAGAAAUCACACUGACCAUUGGUCAAGCCUUUGAUCUGGCGUACAAGCGGUUUCUAGAAACAUCUGCUGGUGAUGUGGACAUUAGGAAACAGUUACUUCUCUUACAGAAAAGGAUACAGACAUUACAGUUUGAGAAUGAUAGUCUUCGUAAACGUUUGGAAGCAGUUGAGAAAUUAAAAGACAGAUCAGAUAUUGAGGAGUAUAAGCACAAUAAUCAGAUCACUGAUAUCAAAACAGUAACUUUAUCACUGGGUGAGAGCUCAACAGACGAGGACCUAACACCUGUCUCACCUUCUAGCCCACAGACUCAGACGGCUGUUGUUGGCAGGAGAUUGGAGAAUUUAAUGCUGCACACAGAGGUCAGCAACAAGGUCCCCAACACAAAUGGUACACAUUCACCAGGACCUGUGGCACCCAUCUUGAGCCCACCCCCAACCAAGACCAGGUCAAACAGAGCCAGAACACAGAGUGUACCCAGUAGCCCACAGUCAGUAACAUCAACAGCGACCAUUGACCCCUUUGGUAUGGAGGCCUUCAACCCUAGCUCAGCAGCUUCGGAGCAAGAGUUCAUUGACAUUCAGGAUGGUUUUAGCAGAGGUCUCACUUUUGGAGCAGUCGACUUCACACUGGAAGAACUUGACCCUCUCAACAAGAAACCUUGAACUUUGCCAGCCUUGACCCUCAGCAUUAAGUCUUGUCUUAACACAGUCACGAUAAUUGUUGGCCAGUCACUAUACAGCCCUGGUGUCAGAUCAGGCAAACUCAUGAAAAGACUAAUUGGACCAAGAUAAUAAAAAAAAAAAAAAAAAAAAAAAAAACAAUAGCCAAAAGGGGACAGUACUCUUGGUCAUUAUAUUCAAAUUUUAUUUUUCCUUUUUAUAAGCUAAAUUUUAUUUUUUGCACAUUCCCUACUUUACUCAUUACUUUUUCACAGUUCUUUCUUUAUUUUAAAAACAAUUUACUCAACAUUUUUGUGUUUCCAACUUUGUGUUUAGAUUAAACAUCAUCAUUUUAAAGGACUUAGGUAACAGCUUUUUAAAUCAAAUUAUUUUGAUGCAAUUACAUUUUAAAUUACAACUUAAAACAGAUAGGCAAAGUACUUUCCUGCUACAGUAAAUUCCAUUUGAUAUUUUGUAUCAGAAUUUCCAUCACAGAUACACAUUUUUUACUCUAUCUAGAGUCUUUAUACUUACCCAAUCAUGAAAAUCACUCUUUGUUGAACUCUAAAUUCUAACGGUUAUGAAUUAUUAAAAUUUAAUAUUUUUGAGUACCAAAUAAAAAAAUUGUUAAAACAUUUUUAAUUUAAUUUAAUUAUUUAAAUUUAUUAGUUUAAAUUUAAUUAACUAGAAUAAAUUUAAAAUUUUUGAAUGUUUUUGUCAGCAUAAUGGAAUAAACAAUUUUAGUCCAAGACAAGUGUAUUUCUGACUGCCAUUUCUUGAUUUUCAUAUUGUCUUUACCAUGUAAAGCAUAAAUUGUAAUAUAUAAAUUAAAACAUUUAAAAUUUUACAUUGAAUUUUGUAAAUACAUUUUUAUGUUUUGGCUGUCACAACUGGGGUGCUUUAAUCAAAUAUUUAAAUUCUGAAAAUUUAAAAAUGUGAUCAAAAGAUAGUUAGGCCUACUUUACUGUUUUAUCUCAAUUCAUAGGUGAGAAACUAAAACAUGCAUUAUAGUAAAAUAAUGAAUAGUAAAAUCAUUUUUAAUAACUAAUAAUAUAUAAAAGAUUUAUAAAAAUUUAAUUUGACAUAACUUCUAUUAAUAUAAAUGGUUCUAAAAAUUUAAAUAAAAUUAGUAGUUCAACAUCAUUAAUUAAAGUUUAGUUUUAAUAUCACUAUUAAUAUUUAAAAAUUUAAAGUUAAAAUAAUAUAAUAAUGUUAUUUUCUAAAUAUUACAAUAGUAAAAUAUGUUUUUGUAAAGAAAAAUCCUGACAAGUAUUUUACUAUUUUAUUCUGAUGUUUUACAAUUAUAGUUUAGGUUUAAAUUUAUUUUAAUCAUGCCCCAACCGGUAACCUAUACAUUUUGAGUGACAUUUUGAGAAACUUAGCCGUCAGUAUAUUAAUGAGAUUACAAAGGCUAAGCUUAAUUUUGUAUGUGUGCUAUAACUUUUGUUAGAGAUGAGUGUUACUAUUGAAAAGGAACCCAUAAAGUAUGUUAGAAUUUGUUUUUCAUACUGUAAAAUUGUGAAAAAUAAAUUCAAGUUUUUUUUUUAUUAUAAAAAGAAGUAGUAUAAAUAAUUAUUAAGUCCCCGCCAUUGUCUUGUAUGAACUGGGCAUUUUAAUAAUCAAAACUUGGUUAAUGCAUUGUUUUUUUGUUUACAAAUUAUACCACAUUUCACUGUAAAAUAUUUCUUGAAAAUUUCCCAAAAUUAAUUUAAAGUUGUCUUUGCAUGUACUAUUUGCUGCUGAUAUGUUCCUAUUAAAUUAUUAAAAAAACUGAAUAAUUUGAUGAAACAAAUUUAUAUUUUUAAUCAUAGUUUUGUGGAUGUUAAACUUUUUUUUCAGUUCAAAAUAUUUUUUUUUGGCAAAAUUAACAAAAUAAGUAAAAAAACAAUAGUUCUACACUAACAGUAAAGAAUUAUUUUUACUGCAAGAAAAAAUUGUUUUUGUUACAAGAGUCAUGUUUACAAAAUAUGAAUAAAGAUAUACUAAAUU